GUAUUAAUGGUCGUCGUGACUUGUGGUCUUAGUCAGGUUGUCUAUCGUUGGUAUUAUCUAUUGUCUUUGGUUUUUAUGAGGUUGCAUAUGGUAAACUGUGUCAGUAACUGACAAAAUAAAAAUUCUGCGUGUAGAUGUGUGGUAUUUCUUUGGGACACAAUGCCGAAAUCAAAGAAAUUUAUUGAUCGUAAAAAUGCGGUAACUUUCCAUCUCGUUCACCGCAGCCAGCAAGACCCGCUUAUUGCUGAUGAGAAUGCUCCUCAGCAUGUUCUUGUGCCAGCUUCGUUUGAUAAAAGGACCAAUACUUUGGAUGCUACAAAGAGAAAGGAGGAACAGAAGAAAUAUGGAAUAUAUUUUGAUGAUGAUUACGAUUAUCUGCAACAUUUACGUGAUGUUAACAAUUCAACUGUUGAUUGGGAACCUAUUAAACAGUCAUCCAGUGAGGCUACCAAAUUGAAGUUGCCAUCAUCUGUGUUUGCAUCAAAAGUUGAAGAUGAUGUUGGACUUCUUAAUAAGGCAGCUCCUCAUUCAGGACCACGGUUGGAUCUGGAUCCAGACAUAGUAGCUGCAAUGGAUGAGGAUUUUGACUUUGAAGACCCAGACAAUGAACUUGAAGAUAAUUUCAUUGAACUGGCAAAUGUAGAAGAAAGUGGUAGUGACAUUGAUUCAGAUGUGAUGUCACAUGGAAACGAUGUUGAUCUCAGUGGUGGAAAUGUAUCAGAUGAUGAUGAAUUGGGCAGUCUCUGUGGUCCACAAUAUACAUUUGCAGAUGAGGAGACAAAAUCGUACUUUACCAACUACUCAUUGUCAAGUUCUGUGAUAAGGAGGAAUGAGCAAUUAACACUCCUUGAUGAUCGUUUUGAACAGAUGUUCACAAGUUGCUAUGGAGAUACUGACAUUGGUGCAUUGGAAUGUGAAGAAAUUGAAGGUCAUAUAGCCCCUGAUUCAGAAUUGGUAAUUCAGUAUGCUGAAAAAAUGGAAGAAGAGCGCAAACUUAACAGACCACUGCUAGAACCAGAGGCUGACUCUCGGAUAAAUGCUGCUGGGCAGCUACACGAGUACACAGAUGAAGAGAAUGAAGAUCUAGUACCAUUAGAAGUGCCACAUGAUUCAAAGGAACAUUGGGAUUGUGAAUCUAUCUUAUCUACCUAUUCAAAUCUGUACAAUAGACCAAAACUUAUUGCUGAACCAGUGGUGCAAAAGAAAAUCCGUGUGUCAGGGCUAACAGGAAUCCCUCUAGGAGUACUGGAUGGCAUUAAUGCAGGUUGUACACGAUUAACAGCUCGUGCUCUAGCCCGACACAACAUUGGUGAUAAUGAAGGUCACUGUGAUGAUGGAGCAGAAUCAAUGGUAUCAGCCUUAUCUGUACUGUCCAUGCGCCCUAAAGACGAAACACCAGAGGGACGCUCUGAAAGGAAGAGGGCUUUGCGACAAUACAGGAAGGAAAGAAGAAUGGAGCGGAAAGCAAAUACCCUGGCUUUUAAAGAAGAAAAGAAGAAGCAAGAGAAAGUCAUUCUAAAUAACAGGAAGAAUAUCCAGGGCAUCCACAUCUUGUAAAAUAUAUUGUGCUGACAGAAGUUAGUGUAUUAAUUUGUAAAAAUGAUGCACAUUUCAUUAAAUGUGUAUAUUCUGUGAAAAGUAAAAUAUAUAAUGUUAUAUUAAGCCAGUA